AUGGACAUCGUGCCGUUUGCAACGGCCGCGGGCAACAAUGAUGACGGUGGUAUUGGUGGUAGAACGGAGCAGGAAGCGAACCAGUACUUCUUGCAUUUGUUGCAGGAGAAUACUCAGGUGAACUUGUUCCUGAAUGACCCCCGCAUUCAAAGUGCCUUGGAGCUUCGCGCGGAACAACGACAUCGAUUUGCAUUGGACAACGUGUACGCCGAAGCCAACGCAUACAUUGCACACCUAGAGGCAACAGCGGAUGCGAAUCAUCGUCAACAGCUAGCAUUUGUGAGCCAAUCCACACACCUGUUGGUGGGACAGCUACACAAUGAAGUACGAGUGCUAGAGACAAUCGCCCGAGCAGAACGACAAUCAGCCAAUGAGCUGCAGGCACAGCUGGCACGCGCACAAAGGGAAAGUCAUGAUGAAAGGUCUAUGGCCAUGCAGUUUGAUGCACAUCGGUCCGAGCUGGAAGCAGCAGCGCGCACGCUCACUGCGGAAAACAGACAGCAUGAACGCCGUUUCGCGGAAUUGCGCUCGAGUAUCGAAGAAAACCACAGUGAGAUGAUUGCCUUUUUAGGGUCUGAGUUUGAGGAAAAGCUUCAAUGGGAAGAAAACGAGUACUACCAUAGGCUAACCUCUGAGGCACAGCAGUACGAUAGCUUGGUUGAUGACCUGCAGGACAGGAACGCGGAGCUUAUAGCUGAGGUCGACUCACUCAGGACUGUCUUGUCGACAGCGGAGAGUAGCCCACCGCAAGGUGGUGCCGUGCCGGUGAAAGUCGAUCCCAGUGAGAGCUCCAAACUUCAACCAAGCCCACCGCAAGGUGGUGCCGCAGCGACAAGCCCUGCUACGCUUUCCAGCGUGGGAAGUGCCCACGAGGUGAUAAGUGGAGGUAAAGGCGGUAAAGGUGGGGAGAAGAAGGAUACCUCCAAGAUUCCUUGCAUCUUUUACCCCAAAGGCACCUGCAAGAACGGUAAGAAUUGCCCAUUCAUGCACAAGGAUGCCGCUCCCUCUGUCCCGGCCAAAGGCGAUAAGGCUGGCAAGGACGGGAAGAGAUCGCCCUCCGGCAAGCGCAGGCGACCCAGUAAGAAAAGGCCAAAGAGUGAGGACAAGCCAGCCGCUUGCUGUCUUUCCCUCACAGCCACCCUCACGGGUGAGCCACCGGCCGAUGCUGUGAAGGCCUACGCAGUAGCAGCCCGCAAGGGCCCUGCCGGAAAGCCCCGAAGCAGGAAAGUCCAGUUCCUAAGGCCAGAAAUCAUUGACAUCCCGCCUGAGGGUGAAGGCUGGAGCUUCGUACCAGACAAGCACAAGUUCGAAUUCAGGUACAAGUCUGCGGAGCUAUGCCCACCAUCAAUUCCAGAGGACACCGAAGAAGCUUUGCAGAAUGCCCGUCACUUGGAAUCAGCAGUGAACGGGAUGAAGCUUAAGGUUCGGGUCAAGUGUGAGAACCUCGAAAUCAUCGCAGACACCGGUAGCGAGGAAGAUCUGAUUAGACCAUUGAUGGCAUGCUUAGCAGCAAAGUCCUCAGAAUCUGAUGGCAGCAAGGUUGCACCGACCUCUGUCAAGUCUGGUCCAGCUGGCGCGGCAGAAGAUCCCAUCGAAAAGAUGGCGAAUUGCAUUCCUCCCAUUCCUGGGGUGGAAACGAGGUAUAGAAUCCGGACUACUUGGGGAUUCAAGGAUGACGUGUGGUCUUUGUUGGAGGAUUCAGUCAACAUUGAUGAAUUGGACGGAAUCUAUGGGGAAGCGCAAGCCGACAGCGAUGUCGAGCCAUACACAAUGCCAAAGUCUAAGAAGGAUGAACAACUUAGCGAAGACCUGGAUGAAAUGUUCCCAGAGCUAUUUGGUCCUGAUCGUGAUAAAGAUCCUCCGCCGAAGGACGCGAAAGAAGCCACCCGCAAGGGUGAGUCAAAGUCUGAUUCCCGUGCAGCAUUGCUUGAUGAUGUUCCGUUCUCUGUGAAGCAGAAGCUGAAGUCCAGCGCAGCAGUAGCAGCGCAAGAACCACCGUAUGGUUAUACGUGGAGUGGGGAAUGUUUGGUCAAGAAGAACAACAAGAACCGCCCUAACGCUAUUGAUCAUACUGCAUGGAAGGCUAUGUCGAAAAGACAAAGAGCAACAGCAAUUGCAGAACAUGAGAAGAAGCUACAUGAGGAGAAUGAGGCACUGUAUCGUGAAGCUGUAAAGGCGGAUUGGUGGGACGGCGAAACCUACUUCGACCUCGCAGGCCGGGAACAGUCUGAUUUCGAGCUGGCAGUUGCAGCUGCCCGCAAGGGCAAGCCGGUUCGUAACAAGUCUGAGGCUAAAAAGGAGGCGAAGCAGAGCAAGUUUGUUACAUUGUCGCAAGACGUUAAAGAGAAGCCCGGCGCAAUGACCAAGCCAGUCACUCGCAUCACGUACGAUAUGAAGGACUUUCUCGACUCUUGCGUUGAUCGGUACUGCGAGCUUGCUAAGGUUGGGCAUUUCAAGUUACUGAAUGUUGGUACAGCCGAACAAGUGGCGGAUGUGUUCACGAAGCCUUUCACUGAAAAGAACAAGUGGACGCAUGCCUUGAAGCUUAUUGGACAUACAACCAGCGCGAACGUAGCCGGGUGCAAACCCGAGUCGAAGGUCGAGGUUGACAACAAGGUUUCGGUAGCAGCAGCUCCGGAUGCAUCAAAGGUUGUCGAGGACUUCGCUCAACAAUCGUUCGAGGCUAACGAUUACAGCUUCAAGACCUUCGAAAAGCUAGCCCGCAUCCACACGGAUAAGUACAAUCAGAAAGAAUCGUACAACCUGACGUUCUCCUUCGCUGGUUCUGAUCUUCUCGACUUGCCCGAAGCGACUUCUACGAUCCCCAAGAUGGCAGCCAUCGUUGUGAGCGACGAGUUCUGCAGGGUCAACACCUCCGAAGCAGACAGGAAUGGGGUUACCAAGGCCAUGAAAACCAUUCUCCAAUCCGCCGCCCUCAACAACGAUAUGAUUUCGCUCGGCGCCGAUCAUGAGAGCCAGCUCUUGGAGUCGGCGUACAGCUGCGUAUCCACACAAUGCGCGGCUGGGGUAUCCUUGACCCAUGCCGACGCAACCUGUGUGGCUCUGCGCCAGAUGGCUGACCUCAGUGACGAGGGACUCGCCAAGUUGAAGCCAACCGCAAGGUUGAGCCCCAAGGCCAAGCGAGCCAUCAUAGUCGUGUCAGACAGCUCCACUGCACUUUGCAAGAAGAACAGGCGGGGAGUGUUCGUUAAGGCCGACUUGGAUGCGGAAGUGAACAUCGCAAGCUGGACGCUGGGAUGGGUCGAGGAGCAUGUGAAGGAGCUCAGGAGCAACUAUCCGGACCACACCAUCGACGUGAUCUGCUGGUGGACCGGGACUCGCUACAGAGAUCCCAAUGUCACAACGGAGACCGUCGCACGGAAAGUGAGAAGGGCAGCGGAUGUUUUAGCCGCCCUCGCGGGCGAGCCGGACAUUGGUUUUGUGAAGGUGAUUGGGCAGGUGGAGGCGGACUUGUUCCAACUCCACUCAGCCUACAACGACUUCAAUGCCGCUAUGUUCGAAGAGUUCAGGCAGCGCGGUCUGCAAGUGCAAACCGCAAGCUCCUUGGUCGAAAAGCUGGAAAUGUAUGACAGCUUUCACGCCAGCGAAGACCCUCGCAACCGCGAGUUAUUCCAGACCUACUUGCAUGCGACUAUCAAUGCAAGCAGGAGCGAAUGGCUUGCCCAGAAGAUGGCACCCUGUGUCAGGGCUUUGCUUGUUCGCUAUGAGCACUUUGAGACUGGCUCCGAUGCCAACAAUCCAGUGCUCGAGGAUGUCUUCAAGCAAUGGCGUGCAGAGAAGGACCAGCUGAUGAACCCGAAACAGGCCAAGCCAAUGCCGGUCACCCAGGAGGACAAGAUGUGGGAAGCCCCAGAUGCCGCUGACGCAAUCGACGUCAAUAAGAUCUCCGAGGGGCCACCCAUGGAUAAAGCCAUCCGCAAGGAUGUGCCAAGGAUCGGUGCAACCACGGACGUCAGUGCUGUGGCGGAAUGCGUCAAUGACAUCGUCACCCAGGACGCAGACGGCAAGGUGUCCUACAACACCCCGGGCACGGUGGAGCUGGUGGACGAGGGCGACCAGGUCGACCCUAUCCCCUCAUCGAUUGGACGUGUUGUUGAGCCAGCGCCUCCGAAGAAGACUAAGAAGUCUGAUCGAGACGAGGAUGCCAUGCGAAGGCUUAUGUUCAUCGAUGAAAGCGCCCCGCAAGGGGCUGCCACUGUGCCAGAGCUUCCAAAUGAGUACUUCUACAAUGGCAAGAAGCACUUGAUGAAGCCCUUCAACCCGGAGGACAUUGUAGGAGACAGGCACGUGACAUUCAAACACGGAGACCUGAAGUUUCUCACCAAGCUGCUGCGUGGCCAUGAAAUGGACGACUUCCCUGCAUUGAUCUUUGACCGUGGGUGCUGGACAGACGUUGACACUCUGCUCCAGGUCUUCAACACGGCACGGGGCGCACGCUGGGGUGUGAGGCAGCUGCUACGCGCAGCGAAAGCCGAUAAUAAGGGACGGAUCAGACUUUUGGGCAUUGACGUCCCAAUGAAGGACACCCUGGGUCAACCGCUAUUCCCUGUCAGAGUGAGGAUGGCCCAAGGGCAUAACUCCAAGCUCAUCGGCAAUAACCCGGACGCGGACUUCUUCCUUGCGACCAGGUUCUACAGCGGAUUGUCCGAGUACGAGGCCGACCUGCAGAGCAGCGUCAGGGGGGUCACUGUGCUCUCCCGCGAGGAUACCCCCCCAAAGCUCUUCCACCGCACGAAUGAAAAGGGAAUGAAGGGUAUCCUCCGCGAUGGAAUGAUCGCCGGCUCCGCGAGGUCAGACAGGUCCCACAACUACCUGUCCCCGUACAAGUUGGACGACACCCACUACAAGAGUGGAAUGCGCUCCAACCAGCCGAUCGAGCUGACGAUAGACACGCAGCGAGCAAUCGCCGCUGGAUGCGUUUUCUUCGUCACGGAGACCGACGGCGUCCUCACACGGGACAAUGUGCCUCCCGAUUGCGUGCUGUCCGCCAUCGACACCAGCAAAAAGAACCUCCCGCUCUACGUCGCCGAGCACAAAGAAGCCGCCCGCGAGGGUGAGCCAGAGCGCAUUUUCCGCGCAAAGCGCGACUAUGAGGAGGCCGCAGCAGCAAGCUCAUCAUCGGCACCGCCCCCAAAACAGGCGGCUAUCGCUCCCAAAGCGAUUGCUUCAAAGAAGAUGCCGAAGGUGGUUCCCAAGCCCGCCGCAAUCGCCGAAAAGGACGAAAGCAUGGACUUGGAUGAAGCCACCCGCGAGGGUGAGCCUGCUGAUGCUGCUGGUGCAUUCGAUCUUGACGAAACCAAGGUUGAGGUUGAGGUCGAAGUCGAUGAAGGCGAUACAACGGAUGCGGGUGAGGAUGAGCCGUACCCACUUGGCUCUCACCCAUGCCGCGAGUGCGCAGCAGUCGUUGCCAAUGGCAUGCUGUUCUGCCUCCGUUGCAAGGCUCCCCAGACGGAUGACUCCAAGAAAAUCACAAAGCGAGUCUUUGAGAAUUCGAGACUCCGCCAGCGCCUUCUUGCCACCGCUGCGACUGGAGCCCAGAAGCCCAUCGAUGAUCUCCUCGCGAGUGACCUUCGAGGCCUGGGCGAGGGACCAAAGAAACGUGGUCAGAUGAGCGCGGAGGCCGCCGCCAUUCGUGACGCCAAAGACCGAAAGAUCAGGGCCGCCAAGUUGAACUUUGACACCGUGUCCGACCGCUUCGAGAAGGACGCGCAGUUCAACGUGAGAAUGAUGCAAGAGGGCCGCAGCCUUGAGGACAUGCAGAAAUUCGAUCACCUGUCGAACGCUGUGCUUCCCGAUCCAGGACGCAGUGAGGAGCAGCGCUACUUGCGUGCUGGCUCCCAUUAUGGUGGUGGCAAUGUCCCGCCUGCGAAGCUGGUCUAUUAUGCCCACUGCGAAGUGGAGCCGUUGAGGAACUUGCGGUUUAUCGAUGAUACCGCGGAUGUCCCCAUCGGCUUGACCUACCUCGGUGCAUUCCUCCCUCCGCGACUCUAUGCUGAGGUGGCAGCAGUGAACGACGCUGCAAAAAGGAUCCUGACUUUCGACGGCGAAGUCUAUGUGUCGGCUACCACAAUUGAAGGCAUCACAACUGAGAUCGGACAGAUUCUUACCGAUAGCCUCCGUAGUGCUCAGGACCAGACAGACCAAACGGAACGUCUGGCAGAGCGCAAUCGCCAGGCUGCAGUCCAGAACCGCCCAUCCCAAAAGGGACGUGGUCGCACGACAGCACCUGAGCCCAUGUACAGAGGCUAUACUCAGGCCCAGUGGGACGAGUACUAUCGCCAGCGUCGUGGAGGUUACACUCAGGCCGAGUGGGAUGCAUGGAACCGCACCCAUAGGCGCUGA